AUGACAUGUAUCAAAACAGUGUCUUAUUCCAUAUUGAUCAAUAGCAACCCAACCCCACCCUUUGAUGCAAAGAGAGGGGUGAGGCAAGGGGAAGCACUAUCUCCUUUCUUGUUUGUACUUGCUAUGGAAUACUUGAGUAGGAUUCUUAAAAACCUCAAAAACAGCCUUGACUUCAAUUUUCACCCUAGAUGUGAGAAACUGAACCUUGUCCAACUAGGAUUUGCAGAUGAUCUGCUUCUGUUCUGCAGAGGGGAUCUUGGUUCUGCUACAAUGUUGUAUGAUGCAUUUCAAUUGUUUUCUUCUUCCUCUAGUCUGAUUGCUAACCAAGGAAAGAGUUGCAUAUACUUUGGGGGAGUAACACCAGAGGAUCAACAGGAGAUCACCCAAGCACUGGGCUUCACCACUGGCACUUUGCCAUUCAGAUAUCUAGGGGUGCCUUUAAGCUCCAAAAGGUUAUCCAUCGGACAAUGUCAACCUCUCCUGGAUAAAAUGGUUGGGAAGAUCACUAUAUGGACAACAAAAUUUCUCUCAUACGCAGGCAGGCUCCAGUUGAUCAAGAGUGUCCUACUAGCAAUACAAAAUUUUUGGUCCCAAAUUUUUAUACUCCCACAGAAGAUCAUUCAGCAAAUUGAGACUAUAUGCAGGAAAUUCUUGUGGACUGGCAGUGUUGAACCCUUAAAAAGUGCUUUGAUUGCUUGGAUACUUUAUGUAUGCCCAAGAUAG